UUAGAACAUGGGGCUCUGAGGCAUGGGGCAUUUAUAUAUUAAAUAUAAAGAUGAAUACUAAUAUUUAUCUAUUUCGUUUCUCCACAGGUAACAGGGCUAAUUAAUCAUUAACCAGUGUUGCCAGGUUUCAGCAAAAUGUCCAGCCCAACUACAUCUCAAAAACAAAAAGAGACCUGAAACUAACUGAAAAAAAAGUAAAAAAGUUAUAGUUAUACAUAUAGUUUUCUUCCUUUUUCUCAAUGAGGUACACAUGCAUAACUGAUGUACGGACUGAUUAUCCACUCCAUAAUCCCCCUUUCCCUUGCCCAGUCUGCAGUAUAUCUUAGAGUAGUUCUGUACUUCAUAGACACACUGUCUGUGCUUACACUUUGCUUUUAUUUUGCAGAAAUUUAUUACAUUUAAUUCUGAUUAUUUGCUAUAAAACAAGAUCUUGUUUGCCACAGAGUAUUUAACUUUCCCAGUUUGGUGUACAAAAUACAAACCUAAGCAACUCUGUUGUUUACUGUCCUUUUCACUGCUCCUCUUCCACUGAAAAUAUUCACAAACAUGGGGAAGCAUGAUUCCUGCCCCAGUGGACUCUAAGGAGCUAGUGAGCGAAUUGCUCCAUGAUUAUGCAACAUCUAAGAAGUCAAGCAAAUCAAUGAAAAUUCAGCUUAUAUCUGUGACAUAAAAAGUUUAUAAUUUUUGUAUGGAGAUUUAUGAGGGUUUAUGUAGAUUAACAUUUGUUGAAUGUUUUCUCUCUCUCUCCCUCCCUCUCUUUAUCUAUCUAUCUUUCUAUCUAUCUAUCUACCUAUAUAUAUAGAUAUGCCCUGGGAAUAUUACAGCAUAAAUUACCUUGCCAUUGUUUCAGUGCAGUGUUGUUUAUGUGAAAUAUUUGACUUGGCAUUGGAGACAGUAUAGAAAGCACUGUUAUAGAAACCAUUUUCUUUAUUUCAUCACUCAACUAUUUCCUCAGCAGUGUGCCUCACCAUAAACAAACGGUCCCCAAUGGAAGCAAAAGUUUUUUUCUUUGUUGUAAAAACAGAAUUGAGGGCUGAGAAUAUUUCCAUGUGUUGUGAAGUGUGCAAGGUCAGUAUUUUUCAUAAAACAAGAGAGAAUUACAGAGAAGGUGAUUGAAACACAAUCCUUGCCUACAUCACAAACAGCCAUGCACGCCUGUCUUUCACAAUUUUGGGUCUUCUGCUUUAUUUAUUCUAUGUGAGUAUGUAUAGUGUCUGUAUUAAGCAUAGUUACCUCAAGGGUGCAUAAUUGAAAUGUAUGGUAGAGGUGGUCAAGGCUUUGCUUCAGUUUCUCAUCUGGCAAAAUGUGGUCUUUUCAUUUUGGCUUUUUUAAAAUUAUCUAUUUGAAUUCUUCAAGGUUGAUGUGUUAAUUUUUAAAUCAUUCUCUCUCAAGAGUCCAUACUGAACUAGAAUGAAUAUGUAAUUGCACUGGGGUGGCUUGCUUUAGGAUUUAUUUGUUUUUAAUGAUAGCUGCUUAGCUUAUAGGAUGGCUGUGCAGUGAAAAUGAUCAUACUGUUGGUUUUAGUGGGAAAAAAAUCAGAAUCAGAAUCCAUAAUAGAUUCAUUAUUGUCCUUUGAAAACCGUCAUAUGAUGAAAUAUUUGACAUUUUUUUUACUACAUACUAUACUAUACAGUCACACUUCUUGAUGAUUAACUAAUCUUUUGCAUUUCAUUCAUAACAGCUGGCUGCUAAUUACUCUCUUAAUGAUUAUGGAAGUAGGAAGGGUGUACUUAUGUUUUCCUUUUUGGAAAAAAUGACUACAUAUUGAAAUCUGUUUUUUUUUGUCACCUGAGGUCAUUUGUCUGUUUACAGAAGUUGGUGAGGACCACACAAUUGUUAUUUAGGCCCUGAUAAAUAAAAAUGUACUUUUCUCCCCCAUGACUGUACACUAUAUGGCCAAAAGAAUGUGGACACCUUUGGGAUGAACUGGAAUGCCAGCUGCGCCCCAGGCCUUGUCACAAGACAUCAGUGCCUGACCUCAAUGCUCUUGUGGCUGAAUGAGCACAAAUCCCCACAGCCACGCUCCAAAAUCUAGUGGAAAGCCUUCCCAGAAGAGUGGCGGGUAUUAUAACAGCAAAGGGGACUAAAUCUGCAAUCAGCUAGCAAAUAUGCGUGUGAUAGUGAGGUGUCCACAUUCUUUUGGCCAUAUAGUGUAUGUAUUAAUUAUAUUUGUGUAUCUACUGUAUCAGUAUUAAGCAUAGUGCAGUAAAAGGUGGUCAGGGCUUUUUCCUCAGUCACACAUCUGGAAAAAAUUUUUGUUUUGUUUUGUUUUGUUUUGUUUUCUUUCAUCUUUCUAAUGAAAUGUUUAUGUUCCUUACUCUACACAUGCCACAUCUUUAUGUGGGUUUUAUAUUCCAGUUUUUUGAAUUGGCUCUUUUUGUAUAUCAUUCAUUACACUUCUAAAACACAAAGGGCUACAUCUUAGCCUUUACCAUUUCUCCAUGUGCAGUCUAUCAUUUUGUGCACGUUUUCAUUCCUCAUGCAUAUAAAUCAUACCAGAGAAAGCAAACACACUUUUACCCAUGUGGGAGUCCUUAAAUGGUCAGAUGCAAAGUGCAGUAAUUUUAUGUGCAUUUCAAACAUUCAUCAACUUGGGGGUAUUGUUGCUUUUUUCUUUAAAAAAAUCACUAAGCAAACAAAAGGAAUUCCCCUAAGGAUGAUAAGUACAGAUAAGGUUUUGCUUUGUCUCUUUUGGCUAAAGUCAGAACACUUGGAGGCCUACGCUAAGCUGCAUGCCUUCCAAGACCAUACAGCCCAGUUAUGCUACAUUAAUCUCCAAAUAAUAUUCUGCCAAGUGCAGCUUUCCUAAGACUGAUUGAAACAAUGAUGAUUGUUAGAUAGAGUGAACGCAUAGUACACAGCAAACUAACUACACAUUCAUUAUUUUCAUUAAUUAGUUUAUUAAACAUUUGUGAUUUUAGAGUGGAGUCUCCAUCAGAUGUUCCUGAACUUUUAAUUGUGGAAGUAGGUACAAGGAAGGAAAUACAGACUAUUUUGAUUCUAUUUGAACCCUCAUGCAUAUUCUCAGGGUGAUCACAUAACAGAUUCAACUGAUCCAGUGAAUCCUGCAGUCAGAAAUAGGCUACUCUACUGGUUUUAGAUACAGAAACUUACACUGCAUGUGCAUUACAUCUGCAUAUAGCACCUGCGGAUAAGCGUUUUUGAAAACAAAAAUACUUGGGCUCCUGCGAUAUGCUUAUUACUUAUAUUAUAAUAAGUAAGUGUGCCUUGUUCCUAAAUCUGUGUUUGUUUUCUUUGGAAUAGCUCAUUUAACAAACUAAUGAAGGCUGUGAAUUAGCUGCAAAUGAAAGCUUUCAGAAUGGAUUUUUUUUUUUUUUUGCCAGUGUUUGGGAAAGAAUUCCUGAGUUACUCUUAAGGCCCAUUUUUUGGCCUGAGCACUGUAAGUUGUGUAUAACUCUCACAAGCUUUAUUAGAGAGCCUGCUACAUUUAGUAGGCCAAGAACCACCUACUGUCACAGAAAGAGGCAAUUUGAUUGACACGGCAGAUGAACAGUCACAGAUCUUUUUCCUAUAGCCUGUAGGAAAACCGUUCUUAGUCCUGUAACUAUAUCUUUUUCUGAAUUGUUCAUUGUGUCUCAGUGUUUUCCCUCUGGAAACUAGUGCACAAAUGUGCAUUUACAUGGAAGAAUAAAUCAGAUUGGAACCUUCAACAUUUUGAAGGUUGUGGUCAGAACAUGUACAGAAGAUAUCAGAUGUUCCAUAUCUCAUGGGUGAAAUGUCUGAGCUUCAGACUGCUUGUGUAUUGACCCCUGACUAUAUGAAGCCAAUUGACUUUGUGUAUUGUUGACAAUUGAUCACAUAUUUGGAAGUGGCGUCUAAUAGAAAAAGAAAUCUUCAGUUGAUUGACGCCAUCGUUCCACUGUUAGUCAGUCUAAGGUGAAGUGUGACAUCUUUGUGCAAACUCUCAAUCAUUCUUAUUUAAUGAUGUGUAAUAAAUAUGACUGUGGAGAUUAUCGAGGAUUAUUGUUCAGGAGGGUUUAUUAACAGAGCCAACUGAGUCAUAAUGGUAGAAAGGGUUAAACACAGACAGGUACAAUAUUUCCAGAAAGAGGGCGAAUCAAUAUCUGAGCAAAGUCAAAACACAAUCAUUGCAAUCGAAGUAAACACAGCUCAGAACUUACACAAACUCUGGGAUUGGCAAGACAUUGCAAUGGUGCAUACAGUACAUAGACAAAAGUCUUUUUUUGGGCCUCUUCGUCAUGCUCAUGGUGAGGUGGCAUACUGGAGAGUACUGUGCUCAUAUCUUCAUUUUCCCUUAUCCACAGCAUGAGAAUAAAGAGAUAGCAGAUGAACAGCUAGAGAGGUCUUUUGUGGUUGGGAAAAUGGAGAGUAUUAUUUAAAGAAUGAAUAAAUGAAUGGGUCUGCAGCCAGGAAUUAUGACAGAGUUCAUAUUCAUCUAAAUGGAAUGUUGUGUACAUCUUUAUAUCCACUGUAGCUGGUAUAUUUAAGCAUAUUCAUAUUAAUAUAGUGAAUAUUUAUAUUACUGGCAUUCCAAAAACAUGCAAAAUGCCCCCUAAUCCACAUAAGCACCUGCCAAUAUGCAGCAGUCAAGCAAAUCAAGUGCACAUACACCAGCCAUGUGUGGAGGUCAAACAUGAAUCACAAAGUAAUAUUAUUAUUAUUACGCUCCCAGUGCAUAUGAUAAGAUGUGAUUGUAGAGAUCAGGCUUCCAAAUUUAUUGGAUUUAAAAAGAGAGAAAGUGGGUCUAAUAUGAAACUAGGCCAAACAUGUUCUGUCUAAUUUAAUCUUGAAGAUAUUUUCAUACACAUUAAUAAUCCAACCAAUAAGAAAUAUUUAUCAUGACAGAAAUAUACAGUAUACUGUGUAUGUAAAGAAAAUAAAAUGAUGUAGUUUGUCAGUACUGCUGUGCUACAUUGUUGACAAAAUAGGCUAUAAGCUGCUUGUUUUAAAAAGAUCAGUACUAUCCGGUGACUGCUGGAAAAUGUAGUUAAUAGCUUUACCAAUUUCUGGCCAAGUCGUACAGACCCAUGAGUCAUAUAAAAAUGUUUAAUUUUUUAUUUAUUUAUUUAUUUUUUACAGAUUACUAGUGCAUGCAUUAAUCAAAUUAUUGCCAAAAUCGAUUUUUUUAAAAUGAUCAGACAUAUAUAGGCAGAAUUUAAAACCAUGUCUGCUGGUCAUAUAGACUUGUUUGUAUUCAGUUCAUAUCUUUACAGUUGAAAUGUUGCUAUUUGCUAAUGGGGUGUACAUGUUAUUACUUCCAGGCUGUUUAGAUAAAAAUGUUAAAAGGCAUCCCUGGAAGCUGUGUUUGCUUUUUUGGGUAAGUCAAUAAAACCAAAUCACCCUGCUUAUUAAAACAUGACAUGCUGAAAUGUUGGGCUCCUAUUACAGUUUUUAGACUCUGUAUCUCAGUUUUUCUCUUUGUGUGGGAGGAAUUUUUUCCAUUAGCUUUGUUCUCUGGACUGUUGCCCUGAUUCAGAGGUGGCAAUUUAAACCUAAGUUACCCUAAGGGCCUUAUCAUCCUCUCUCACACUGCACUCUUCCUCAGGAAGCCUGUUCAGACCUCCCUUUAUCUCACUUUCUCCCCUGUACUCCUCUCUCUGUGCCUGUGCCUCUAUCACAGCUGGACCCUGCACAUCUUUUCUCUCACACAUUAAUUCCAUGCAUUCUUUUCCUCUUUCCCUCCUCCUGGCUUAUGUUUUGUGGUUGUUUCAUCUCACAUCAUGCUGUUCAUACUGUAUGCUGUGAUAGUCAUAUUAGAGUUACCUUUUAUCUUCCAUUCUCUUAAUUAUUUAGGACACUUGCCCACCUCUCAGGUAGUUACUAUCAGGACCUGAUUUAGUAAAGGUUUGCAAAUGUUAAGUCAUGCACAGACUUGGAAACACCAUAAACACAAUCUACAGAUUCCUACUGAAUUUUUUAAAUGAGGAAAUUAACAUGCCUUGUCUGUGUUUUUGCCUUAAUGAAUAUCCAGUCUGGGGCGUUUCUACGUAAAAGAACAAUUAGCACAUACAAACAUCUUAUUUAUCUAUUGUUUCAUCUUCCUACAUUGCAUGUUACAUGAUUCACGUACUUCUUCUAUGUAACCAUCAACAUGUCCACUAAGUGCACCAUCAAUUUAUCCUUUUGAUCAUGCAGGUUAGUAGUUUGUGUUUGGCAUCGCAGUAAAUCAGGGCCUUAGAGCUCUACUAGUUAGAUGUCAAAUUAUUUUUAUGUCAUCUAUUGAUGAUUGGCUCUACUUACACCAACCACAGAGCAUAAAUAUAUCUCCUUUACUCAAAUCCUAACUCAGAAAAAAACAUUGAGUGGUUGAGUGUUCCCUUACACUUGCUGCUUCGGCUUUCACGUGUAACAUACUGCAUUUGAUGUUUUUUUUCCCACAUUGGUUUAUAUUAAAUGUGUGAAUCUGGACUGCAAUCCCACCGGACUCAGCAAAAAAGGCAUGGGAGCGUGCUGUUUUUACCCUCAUGGGGGUAGGUGUGAACAGUCAAAUAUAAAGCUUACAGGUAAAGAAAGGCCAUGAUGAUUAACGUGGGAGCAUAUUGGAUGCAGCGUGGUGCUUGUGUGGCGCAGUGCAACGUGUUUACUGCAUUUGUUUAAUCAUCUUCAGUAGCGGCUUUAUCCUGGCCACGGUCUCUGUGGAUGUUUAAAUAUCUUGUUUCUUUAUAUUUUGGGAUAAAGAACCAAGUCCAUUGGAAAAUAUCAGGUCAAACCAUGUGUGAAAAUAAGAUGGUACUAUAUGUGAAAAUCUGAAAAACAUUACGUCAUUUUACACACGAAGAUCCAAAAAGCAUGUACUUUUGUCUCAAUAAUACAUCUCAUUUACAUUUGCAUUUACAGCAUUUAACAGACACCCUUAUCCAGUCUCUAUCAAAAACACACCCUUAUACAAACAGGCCAGAAUCUGAGAAUACAAAACGCUUUUUUUUUUUUUUUUUAGCAUGGGGAACGGUUUUAACUGGUGCAGCUGAUUCUGUUUAUCAGCUGCCUUAGUAGCUGUAACCUUGUCUCAUUGUCCAGUAUUUUAUCUGAAAAGCAACCAUGGUAGCCAUCAUAUUCAAGAUACUCCAUGGUAUCUUCACACGCCAGUAUUCUUUAGCUCACUGGUAAUAUUUAUUAAGUUUGUCACCUCACCUGAAAAAACAGAUGCAGUUAUUUCACAGGUGCUGAACACAGCUACUCCACUACUCACUGAAUAACAUAGGUAGUUUGUAUUAGUAGCACACAAUAUAGAUGUUCCAUAGUUGCUAAGACAACACUCCACGGUCUUAGCAAACUAUGCUUGUUGAAACUUUUUUGGAGUUGAAUUAUGGGAUUAUUUACAUUGAGGAGGAUAAGGCAUUGGACAGCCGGACAGCGAUGCUAGUCUCUGUUGGUUUCAAUUCUUAAGUGUUUUAAGACUGUAAUCUUAAAAAUAUUAAUAAUGUAAUCAUUCUACCACUGCAAUUUGCCGAAACUAAGAUUUAUUUUAUUUAUUAAAGAACAACAUGCUGUAUGUUUUAUCUGUUUAUAGUUAUAUAUAAUGUUGUGGAAUCUCCAUAAGACGAUUUGCUUCUAUUGUCAGUUACAUUAGGGCAGCUACAGACAGUUGUUCUAUCAGCCUUUCUUUUUUCUCUCAAAGUUAAUAACAAUAAGUGCAGCGUGUCACGUUACCAAGAAACCAAAGCAUGUGUAAAGCAUGUGUCCUGAAACUUUCCAGUGAAGGAAAACAUUAAAUUACAGCUUUGUCACUGACUGACACUGGAGACUCCUUCCAAAAAUGUUAAAUAAAUGUCCUCACAGAAAAUGUCACCAUAUCAAAAAUCCAUUUAUUUUUGAGUGUGCGCCAUAUAAAUCAUUGUGUAGGUUGCUACUGUAGAAAUGAUAAUGUAUUAUUAAAGUUAUUCAACACCUUCUGACCAAUCAGAUUUGAGAAUGUGGCAGUGCUGUAGUAUAAAUUGAAUUAAAAGUAUAUUUUCAAUAGUCUAUUGCCUUCUGUUUAUGCACAGGCACUCUGAAAUGACACUAGUUAGCCUACCAUUUGAAACAUUAACCAUGUAUUGACAUAUACUGUAUGUUGGAACGUUAAUGAGCCUGAUGCAGGUGUUGUGACAAAAUAUGUUGUUGAAAGUGGAAAAAAUAUGCAUUGCUGUUUUAGCCCAGAAACCUUUAUGUGUAAACAGAAAACACAGAUAUGGCAUAUAGAGCAAUUAAAUGUAUUUGUACUUAGUAAUGGGUUCGCUGUUUGCUGGGUCACAUCUCUUUUUAUUUUUAUAUGAUAAUUCUUUUGUACUUUUAUUGUUGUUCAGCCAUUACCUUAUUGCAUUUAAUAUACCUAGGCUGUCUUAUUUAUAAUCACUUUUUCUUUUUUUUACUCUUACUCUAACCUUGAGCCAAUUUUAAUUAAGCAGGACACUAAAAAUAGUUGACUUGACCAAAUAUGAUACACACACACACACACACACACACACACACACGUUUCAGUUCUCUCCAAGAAGCCCUCUAUAUUUCUCAUAUCUGAUAACAAUACCUGAUUGCUCAUGCAAGAAGAAGCAACAGAAGUGACACAAAACAGAGAAAGAAAGAAAAAAUGAAAGAUAUGUCAUAAAUAUGCAGGCUUUCUCUAUAUAUAGAUAUGAAAGGUGCCAAUAAACCGAGUUUCCUGAAUCACAUAUUCCUUAGAGGAAGAACUGCAGUAUGCAAUCCAUUUAGCAUUCUACACUGAAAUUUAUGACAUCGCAAAUGCUAGAAGUUUUUCUCCUUGGCAUUUCAGUCUCUUUUGCUUGGGGUAUCUUUUCCUGCACUGGUUUUGUGCAGGUCUCUUGACUAUUUACACUGUUUCCCAGUUUAGCAUGAACAAAUGAGAUGGCGGGGUGUCCAUUCCAGUUUGGCCAAAAUGAUAUGUUAUUUACAAUAGGACAUGUCCCUGUAAACACACACGGAUGAUAAAGAUCUGGUUGUAAAGAUAGCAGCAGAAGCAGACGCCAUACAUGGAAAUAUAGCAUGCACAGGAAAUGUGGAGAAAUUAUAUCAGGGAGUGUAACUGAAAUAACACACAGGGUCACAUGGUUCAUGUAUGUGGAUGUGUGAUGUUUGUGCUAUGUGAAGUCAUGGGCUUUCACAUGCACUGGAUUUUGGCCUAUUUUCUGAACAAUGCUAACCUAGACAACCCGUGUGCUCUGUUCCUGCUUUCUCGUCUUCUCUCUUCCGCUUAGAUUCUUAAGAAAACAAGCAGUCCUGCUGCUUAGUGUGUGUGUGUGUGUGUGUGUUUAUGUGUGGAGGUGCAUUUCUUUAAUAAAAGUGAGUGUCACUAGGGGGGAGGAGGUAGAAUUUGUAGGUAACAUUCUCCCAAUUUAGCUGAGCCAGCCAGACAGCACAGACAAGAGGAAUGAAAAUGGACUUUCAUUAGUCAAAUCAAGCCUCUGGUGCAAAGUGCAGUACAUGCAAAUGGAGUUCACAAAGAGUUCCCGCAGGAUAUAGUGUGCAUUACAUUUGUGAUCAGUCAGUGUCUGUAAGCACCACUGUGAUUCAUAAAUUCACUGAUGAGAAAUUGAGGAAUUGUGUAUUGUCUCAGCUGUUCUACACUCAGCACCAAUCCUUCAUCCUGUCCUGUAAGAGCACAGCACUGACACCGGCCUAUGACUCACUCGGCUGCACUGUGAAAUAUAACCACAGCAAAGCCAUUGCAAGUCUGGGAUCGGCAAAUCUCUCCACUACCUGUCUAAAUUUAAUAACCAUCACAGGAUGGAGGCACCUACAAAUGGAAAAGCAAAGCAUGCCUCUAAAGCACAGCUCCUGAUAAAGUCAGAAAGUUUGACUAUACCAUGGCUGAGGAGAGCCUUAUAUACUGCACUACAGGAUUUAUACAGAUAUUAGCUAUUACAGAUAAAGGGAAGAGGAUGUUGUUGUUGUUGUUCUUUCGGCUGCUCCAGUUAGGGGCCAUCACAGUGGAUCAUUGGUCUGCAUAUUUAAUUUGGCACUGUUUUUACGCCAGAUGCCCUUCCUGACACAGCCCUCCCCAGUUUUAUCCGGGCUUGUGACUGGCACUGGGAGUGCACUGUCCUGUGCAACCCCAGUCGCUGGGGUUGGUUCCCUGGCCAGGAAUCGAACCCGGGCGGAUAAAAGAAAGAGGAUAAACUGGUUAAAAAGCAGGUGCUUUAUUUUCCAAUGGUAAACUGGAGAAAUGAAUAGGGGUUAAACUAUAGACUGCCAUCUACUACAUUAUUUUAGUGGUUUUUCACUGUUUGAGCAUUUGUUAAUGCCAGAAUGGUUCACAGAGUAAUUAUGGAGGUCCUUUGUAUGUUUAGCAUCAAACUUAUAUUAUCAAAAAUAAUAAAUGACUAUUUGUUUGUUUGUUUGUUUCUUUCUUCCUUUCUUGAUAAUAUUGUUAUGUCUUUUAUUUAUGUGUGUUGUAGAUGAUGACUAGUUAGUUAGUAGACCAGUAAUUCUUGUCCACUGAUAAUAAUAAUAAUAUUAUGAUAUCUUUUAUUUAUGUGUGUUGUAAAUGAUGACUAGUUAGUUAGUAGACCAGUAGUUCUUGUCCACUGAUAAUAAUAAUAAUAUUAUGAUAUCUUUUCUUUAUGUGUUGUAGUUGAUGACUGGUUAGUUGGUUGAUUGGUUGGUUAGUUAAUUGGUUAGUUAGCUAGUUAGUUAUUGGACCAGUAGUUCUUGAUAAUAAUAUUAUGAUAUCUUUUAUAACGUUGUUUUUUUUUGUUUUUGGUCCAUUGGUCCAUUUGGUCCUUUACACCUUUACGUGUCUCUUUAACACCUUCAUAUAAACUAACACAGAAGUAAGAGUGAAUAUGAUCUGAAAUAUGAUAAGAAAUAUCAUGAUAUGCAAUGAUGAUAUGUAUGGAUGAUUAUAACUGACUAUAAAAUGAACAGCCUUGUGUGCAAAGAAGACAUCUAAUUUGACUCAUAUACAGAGCAAUACGAUGAAUAUAAAGUUGUUCACUGGAGAAUGUAAACAAAAGUGAUUUAAUGUGGCUUAAUAACUUAGGCUAAUGUAGUGUGUAUGGAUUGCUAGUUCAAGGACAUGACAAUGUCCUGGUCUGAGAAGUUAGUGUAGAGGCAUUGAUAAGAGAGAGAGUGUGUGUGUGUGUGUGUGUGUGUGUGUGAGAGAGAGAGAGAGAGAGAGAGAGAGAGAAGUGGACCUAUCAUAGCAUGGUUAAUGAUUGCCCCCCACCCAACACUAAUGAUUACACUGUUGAGUGGUGGGAGUUCACUCAAAGUUCAGUCAUAUUUACAGGGUCUGGAGCAGACAUAGGCAGAGCAAGAGAAAUUUUCAACGUUCUCUGGGUCACUGCAUCUGAGGCAGCAGAACAUGUGAGUUUAACUGACAUAAAAACAGAGGAGGCUUGUCAGGUUGUCAGGGUGGGACUGCAAUGGUGGAGUGAACAUUCCAGAGAGUAUGAGGUUGUCAGGUUGAAUCUGGAAGGAAGGAGAAAAGCGACAGUAAGAAAAGCAGUCUAUAGAGAAGCGGAGAGCGACUGAAUAUUUUGCUACACAUGCCAGGCUCCUCUCAUCUCUAAAGAACAGAUGUACUGUGUUCAAUUCCCUCCUCCAGAUGUCUGCACUGUGGACUAGUUAGAUCUGGAAGCUGCUAUCAAGAAGAACAAGACUAUCUACUAACAUUUAGAACAGAGAGAGAGAGAGGGAGAGUCGAUGACACUGAAACACACAAAUGAUGGACAAGAAAAGUGCAAAUGGCUUUUCUGCCAAGGCCUCUGAGAGUGGGGGACAGAGGAAACAGCUGCCAUAUUCUGUGGAGACACCCUACGGCUUUCACCUGGAUCUGGACUUCUUAAAAUAUGUUGAUGACAUUGAGAAGGGUAAUACCAUCAAGAGAGUGCAUAUACAGAGAAAGAACAGGGGGCCAAAAUAUAGCACACUGCCACGCAACUUCAGCCUUCCUGGACAUGGUGCAAGACCUGCAGCCAAAGACACAUGGUCCAACACAUCUACCCUGGGAUCCAAGCCCAAGUCACGUGUUACUGAGGUCCAGCAACUUUUUGAUUUCAGAGCCAGCAAUGACAAUGCUAGCAGCAGCAGUAGCAGCCAAAGCACCCCUGCUGGUCAAUCAAAUGUGCAAGGUAGCAGCUGCCUCUCUUCCCCCAAAACUGUGGAUCAGGUCCAUAUUCAGGCUUCCCAAGACCAACAGGCUUCCCUGAGCCUUAACGUGAGGCCUCACUUGUUUCGGGCAUCCAGCAUGCCUGUUAAUGUCCCACACAGGAAAUCUUCAGACUCUACCGAUGAACAGAGCUCUCAAUCACAGAAUGGCUCAACUGAAAAACUAUUUCGCCCUGUGGAUAGUAGUGACAGAAGAGGGAGUAUUCCUCAAGACAGGGCCAGCCUGCAUCAACAGAUAACGGCAGCACUGAAACGGGUGCGCGAACUAGAGGAGCAGGUCAGGACGAUCCCUGAGCUAAAGGCUCAGAUUUGCUCCCUAAGAGAAGAGAGGGAACAUCUGCUUCAGAGAAUCCAAACACAGUCUCAUGUAAAGAUCCUGCCAGAAGAAGAGCCAAGUGAAAAACCCCAACCAGAAUCCCAAGAAAGUACUAACCUUCCUUCAGCAACAAAACAGCAAGAAGCUCCGUCCCUUUUCCAGGAUACUAUGAGUGACAGUCAUACUAAAAUUCCAGAAAAAGAGUCAACUGUAGAUAAACUGGCCCAGAACAUUGAAGGACCACCAACAUACACAGUUUUUGGAGAAGGACCAGUUCUAGAUGUGGUCUCUGUUCCAGUGAUACUCAUUGAGAAAGUCGAAAGUCCAACUGAUUCAGAAGAAUCAGAGAGAAUGGUGGAAGAAUCUGAACAUGAGACUGAAGUAUCUGAAAAGCUUUCAGAACAAGGAUUAGAAGAACAGGAGGAAAAGCCAGAGACCUCAUUAAAAGAUAAAGGGUCUGACCUAACAGUGGAGUUUUCCAUAACAGAAGAAAAAGGAGAUAUAUAUGAAGGCACAGUGUCCCAAGAUGAACCUGAAAAAACAGAAACAAUUGACUGGUCUGUUGUAGAAAAGGAAGAACCUGCCUCCACAAUAAAUGAAGAAGAUGUUCUCACAAUCCAAGAACUCCAAGAAAAAGUCAAGACAUUGGAGGAAAGAUUAAGGCAGGUCAGCUGUGAUCUGGAAAUGACAAGCUCCUUACUGAGAGUACAGAUGGAGGAGAAUAGACAAAAGGACGUAACUAUUCAGGAGCUAAGUGAAAAAGUAAAAGAACCCAUUGCAGUCAGUGUAGAGCAAGAGUUGGAGGUUCCACCAGAGACUGAGCAACUUCCACCACACAUUACUACUUGUGAUGCGUCAGUCAAUACUGACAGCAAGCAUGUGUUAGAAAAAGCAGUCCUAACAGAUAUUGACCUAAAACCUAUUGACACUAUCGAAGAAACAGACCAAAUGUGCUGUAGUACUCAAACAAAUAUCGUUGAGACGCGAGAAAUUGAGGUGUUAGCACAGGUGAUGACAUCUGAAAAAGUUGUGGGGGUGGAAAUUGUUACAUGUGACCAGGCAGUUGAAACAGAUGUGUAUGAAAAUAGCUUGGAGGCCAAAGAAAGAAAGGAAAUUGAAGCUGCAGAUGAAAGAUACAGUGUAUAUAGAGAUGAUGUAGACAAAGAGAAAAUGAUUGAAAGCGAUGUGGCUGAAGAGUAUGUUAUAGUAGAAAAGACUGAAGGUGAUUUGGUUGGGAUAGUACCCAAGGAUAAUGCAAAUGCCAAGUCCUUGGCCGGGGAAAAUGAAUUGGUGGAGAAUGUUGAAACUGUGGCAAUAGAAACCAUAAAACCAGAUACAAGCACAGAUGAACCAUUACAGCAUGACCAAAAGCAAGGGCAAGGACAAGACAUUCAGCCUCAACCUCAGAGGUCCACUGAAGCUUCAGCAUCACCUGCAGCCAUAGGCCAGGUUGUCACUCGGAUCCAAGGUCUUCUCAAUGAACAGUGGGCCAGCCUGGGGAGUGGGAGCCAGGAACCAAAAGGAGAGGGCUCACAGAAACAGCCAGUCUCAAAGAUCAGCUCCAUCCAGAGUCACCUCCGAGGUUCACUUAGUGCCCUUUCAGCCUUCUAUUCUCCUGUUCAAAAAGGAGGUGCAGCAAAGCAGUCAGGCCUCAAAUCUAUCAUGAAGAAGAAUGACUGUCCUGACAAGCACGGGACUGGAGGAGCCAAGAAAAACCUGAAAUUUGUUGGCGUAAAUGGAGGCUAUGAGACAACCUCCAGUGAGGAGUCCAGUGGGGAGGAGAAUGAGGACAAGAGGGAGGAGGAGAAGGAGAAGGAGAAGGAGGAGGAGGUGGAUAGCUCGGACACGGAGGAACAGGGAGAGGAGAGUGGAGUGGCCCAGGAGGAGGAGAAGGAGGCUGCUACUGCUGGGGAGCAGGCUGAAGAAGCUCAGGCAGGGGGGUCCCAGGGCUCUGUGGAGCCUAAAGACCCCCAGGCCAGCGUUGAUCCCCAGGAGGAGCAGCCCAGCAGUGAACUUGUAGAUAAAAACUUCAUGGCUGCAUGUCACUACCUAAAGGACCGAAUGGCAGAGGUUGCUGCCCCAAACAAAGAGAUGAGGCAGGUUCUGAUGGUGCUCUAUCAGGAAUGGUUCCGUGUAUCCAGUCAGAAAGAGUCCCAGGCAGAUACGGUCACUGUGUAUCUGAGAGAAGUUGGAAAUCACACCCCCACUCUCCUGCGCUAUAUAGUUAAUCUUGCUGAUGGCAACGGCAACAUGGCCCUACACUACAGUGUCUCCCACUCCAACUUCCAAGUAGUCAAGCUCCUGUUGGAUACCGGGCUUUGUGAGGUGGAUCAUCAGAACAAAGCCGGCUACACGGCGAUCAUGUUGGCAGCUUUGACUGCAGCAGAAGGACCCGAGGACAUGGAAGUGGCCCAGCACUUACUGAGCCUGGGCAACAUCAAUGCUCGGGCAGGCCAGUCUGGUCAGACAGCACUGAUGCUGGCAGUUAGUCACGGGCGCACAGCGAUGGUGCAGGUUCUUCUCGACUGUAAAGCUGAUGUGAACACACAGGACCAAGAUGGCUCCACAGCACUGAUGUGUGCCUGUGAACACGGCCACACUGAGAUAGCCAAACUACUGCUAGACAGACCUGAAUGUGACAAUAACCUGAAAAAUAAGCAUGGUCAAACUGCGCUGUCUGUGGCCAUCAAGUUCUCCCACCCUGAGCUAGUCGACCUUCUGAAGGCCCGUGCUGAAAAGGCUGGAACUUCACACACUACAAGUCUUCUCUGAGGUUGCUUGUACACUACCGCUGCAGUAGCAACAGUACCUGCAUUCACCCUCCAGCUGCCUCAAACAGACAAACUGACCAGUGAGACUUAUUUGGAAAGGAAAAACGGACUUUCCUCAAUUUGGAUAAGCAACAGGCCAAGUACUUCUUUAAAGACAGUUCUCUGAAGCGCAGUUCAACGUCAAAGCUCUUAACUUCAUGUGGAUAAAGCAUGGUACAUCAUUACAUGUUGUGUCCUGUUUUUCAAGUAUUAUUAUAUUUUUGUCAAGUAGAGAGCAUUAUACAUGAAUGUUACUAUAGAGUCUAUCAGAUACACACUAUAUUUAUUUUAUAUUGCACCUUGCUAUACUGUUUUUUUUAUCCUCCUCUAAAAUAUACAAGGCCUGUCUGAAUAUAACCUGAUGAGCAAAAUUGUGUCUUCCAUCAUGAAGGUUAUCAGGUAAUGCUUUUCAUGUUAAAUCUUAAAAGGUUUAUUUUGUCUUUGUUUUUAGCAUGAGGCCAAUAAAAUUGCAGGAUAGCUCCCAUACCAAAUACAUUCACUCAAUAAAAUGCAACAGAAAACAUUGGGUCAAUGCUGGACUCUGCAAUGUGCUUCACACUCUCUGGUCAGGUGUUUUAAAUAAUUGGAUAUACUGAGCUGAUAUAGAAUAGCCCCACAGGAAAUUUAUAUUAAUUCAAAAAGGUCUUUUUGGUGUCCUUCACAAAGCCUGGGCCCACACUUGUUUUUGGGUUUUAAUAAAUCAGCUGAAUGUUUUUUAUUUUCUUGUUUUUUUCCCUCUUACAAUAUAAGUAUUAAAUGACUUCAGCAUCCAACACCAGGGGUGGACAAAUCAGUAACUGGCACAAGAAGACUACAUUUCUGCGCUAUUUGUUUUUUGUCUUCUCUUGUUCUACAACCAGAAAAUAAAACACUCACUACUGACUUUUGCAAAACAAAUGCAUUCAUAUGGCAUGCAAAAUGCAAGCUGCUCAAUCUAAAUCCCGCCGACUGCUGCACUACACACACUGGCUUUUACUAGCCAAAUUAAUUCGUGAGCACAGAUGACACACAAUCUUUCCAGAAUCAGGAAUGUGCAGGAAUGAGGAAACACACUGAGAAAAAGUAAAGACGCUAGCCAGACUGGAGUCUUUAAUUUUCUCAAUGUAUUGAGAGGAGAAAACAUCACAGCUCAUAGCUAAACACUGACAAAUAUCAUGGUGACUUUUUGUUGAGGGUACAAACACAAUGUGCUACCUAAGACACUUUUUUUUUAUUAAUUCCCCUAUGCAGGAUUUUAUAUAUAUUCAAUUGUGUCUGCAUUGUGUCUGUAUGCACCUAACUAGCCAACUCAGCAUAUGUUAUUAAUUUGUUAGCUACCACAUUUUAGUUGUCAAUUAGGUUUUGGGGCAACCAAAAUUUAUGAUUCAGUAGCACACUGGAGCGUUUACUUGCCCGUGGAGCUAGCUAAUACAUGUAUGAUUUGUCCACCCCUGAAGACAUUUAUGCUAAUGAUUUGCUGGAGAAACCACUUGGACCUGCAAUGAAUAAUUUUUGGGGAUCAUCACCAUAAAGUAUUUAAACAUGCUAUUGUCUUAAGUGCUGAAAUAAUAUAAAUAACCCUUGAAAAAAUAUGAAUAACAGAGAAAGCAAUGUGGACACUAUCUGCUGCAGUAUUCAGUAACACAAUUUUCAGUGAAAUGUGACUCAUAUUGGCGUAACGUUGGCUUAUUGUACAAUUACACAAGAAAAUAUACUUAGAUGCUAUAUUGGAAUAAAGUGAAUGACUGUUUUUGUUUGCACUUGAAUGUUAUUCAGUGCAUUUUCUCAAAAUGGUAGAUAACAGUGGUAGACGACAGUCAGAAAUUAAACCGUCCACACUUACCAGUGGAUUCAUUUAUCAGCUAUAUUCCAAUGAUUGAGGAACAAACUAAAGACAAUAGAUUUGGCAAAGGUUCCUUGAAAUAUUGGUUAGGAAUAUAUGUAAGGAAAAAGAAAAUCCUGUAGUGAAUAAAAUUUAAAGCUCAAUUAGAACACAAGUUCUAGGAAGUCUGAUUGAGUGAAGCAGAUUCUCUGAACAUCCAUUACACAGUAUCACAGAAGAUCAACAGAGGUGCACAGAUGCUAUUUUGAAGUCUUCUGAGUCUUGAAAAGCACUUUCACUGUGCACGGAGAUUGCAUAUCCUCCCUGUACUUGGGAGUUUCCUCUGGGUACUCUGGUUUCCUCCCCCAGUCCAAAGACAUGAGUUGUAGGUUGAUUGGCAUCUCUAAAUUGUCUGUAUUGUGUGAGAAUAUGUGCGAUUGUGCCCUGCGAUGGAUCAGCACCCCGUCCAGGUUGUUCCUUGCUUUGCGCCCUGAGUCCCCUGGGAUAGGUCCCAGGCUCCCCCACAACCCUGUGUAGGAUAAGCAGUACAGAUGAUGGAUGGAUGGAUGGAUAAAUUAAUCUUGUACAUAAUGUACCAAUGUCCAAUAUUGUGAAAUUUAGUUUGCAAAAUGAUCCAGAGAUGACACGCACAGGGUGAACCAAAUAUGUUUUUAAGGUCAAAUCAUGUUGUUAGACUACAAAUAAUAUAAAAAGUGGUAAUUUAUCAUAAAAGCGCUCUACAUGGGACCCUAAAGUCUAAUAAUUAUUUAUUUCAAAUGCUAUAUUUUACAUGCUGCUAUAUGUAUGGAUAGAGUAUUCAUAUAAUGUCUAUAAAUUCAAUAUGUUUUGCUUAUGUGUGUCUUUAAAACAUGUUUGUAUGAAUAUAUCUUUUUAUACACUGGCAAGAAUUUUUUUUUUUACUGAUUUUCUCUAAGAACAAUGUCUGUCCUCACCUCUGAUCCCAGUGAUUCCAGUACAACUAGUUAAACAACGUCGUGCGUCUUUUUUUUCCAGCAAGAAACUGAAAAUGUCUAUUUACUUUUCAAAAAGCUAAAGGUUUUUACCCUCCAUUGCAUUUAUAUAUAUAUAUAUAUAAUGCAACUAAAUGCUCUGUCCCAGGACUGUGAUGUUUUCCCUCCCAUAUAUUCUUGCUCCACUUAACUGAAAUAUAAAUAAAUGAUAAUCUACAUAUACAGGGUUGUUUCUGAACUUUUGUUGGCCCUAAGUGACAUCCUACAUAUAAGGAAACACUUAUGAGUGGCAGUGGAUUUGUUAAGCUGGGUGAGGCUUUUAUUCAAGUACAUUAUGGACUUUGAUUUGGUUGCUCUGUACUUGUGCUCUAUGAGGGAAGGAAAAAUGGCAAGGCCAACAGCACAUUAUACGUAUAUAUUGAAUGCCUAUAACAGAAUAAUGACUGUUUAUUUUGAUAAAUGCUUCAGCAUCUGGAGAGUUAUAUGGAUGACAGAUAAAAUGCAAUAGUGACAAAUAUACUCAAUUUAAUACCAAUAUUAUUCAAAAUAUUAACUGUGUUUGUGAUAUUCUAAACAAUCCUUCUCAAUAAAGUUGCAGACCUGUGAAAGUUAG